AUGCUCUUCUCACUUCAAUUAGCUUCUUUUUUGGUCCUCCUCUCCUCCAAUCUCAUUGCUGCUACGAAAUCAGCAGGAUGUGGAGCUGCCCUUCCAACAAACUCAACCCCAGGGGGUACAAGCCAGCAGUUCUCAAUCACAUCCGGAGGUAUUGAAAGAACUUAUAAAUUAUACAUUCCAAGCAGCUACGAAUCCAGCACUGCGGCGCCAUUGAUACUCUCGUACCACGGGAAUACAAGAACAGCGGAUGAUCAAGAAAGAAUAUCAGAAUUUUCGUUGGAGAAAUGGAAUACUGAGUUUGUUGUUGUAUAUCCAAAUGGAAUUGAUAAUUCCUGGCAAGGCGCCUCCUACUCUGCUGCCGGGGUCGACGAUGUCUCCUUUACCAGCGACCUCCUGGACCAUCUCGAGUCCACGCUAUGCAUAGACACUGAUCGCCUCUAUGCCUCCGGUAAAUCCAACGGUGGAGGUUUCGUAGGGUUACUAACAUGCGACUCUGCAAUGUCGCUUCGAAUCACCGCUUUUGCGGCUGUUUCAGGGGCCUUUUACCCGGACACUAGAAUACCUUGUAAUCCUACCACGGAGAGGGCAUAUGUGCCUAUUAUAGACUUCCAUGGGAUGAACGAUACUACUAUCCCAUAUUACGGGGGUACAGGGAAGGGCGGUGCGCUACCUAGCAUCAGGAGCUGGCUCGAAGAUAAAGCUUCUCGUGAUGGUUGUAGUAAAGCACCUGACACUAGGGAGAUCCUAAAGGAUGGACUGGUUUGGAAGGAUGUUUGGACUUGUGGGGAGACUGAUGGAAAGAGAGUUUUGGUGGCCUACAACGAGACUGAUUUGGCGCACAAGUGGCCGGGGACAGAGCAGACAGGGGACGAUCUGGUCAUUGCGACCCCGAGAAUCCUGGAGUUCUUCAGAGAGUGGUCGUGA